UGAAAGACCUUAAAAGUGGCGGCAGCCUCGCGAGGUCGCUGUGUCCCGGCCGACCGCUGAGAACGGGAGUCCCCAGCCCUCGGCCAGAGGAGCCCCAGGGCGAAACCCCCGGGCCCCACAGCGCGGAGCUGUCUCUGGAAACAGCUCAAGAACUUGGCCCGAGGUGUGGGGAGACCUCCUCCUCGGAUAGGAGCUCCCGGAAUCUUCAAAAAUCCACCCUGGCUCUUCAGUGACAGGAGCCGAUGGCGCUGCCCGAGCCCGGGGUCUACCACUUCCCCUGGGAGGUCCGAGCCGGCCAGGUACCCGACGGGGGCACCCUGAGGACGUUCGGCAGGUUGUGCCUCUACGACGUGACCCAGUCUCGAGUGACCCUGACGGCUCAGCGUGGGUCUGAGCAGCACGAGAUCCUUGUCUGCACCGAGCUGGUGGAGCCAUUCCAAGCCCAGGUGGGCUCCCUGUACAUGGUCCUUGGGGAGCUCGAGCACCAGAAGGACAGUGGUCCUGUGGUGAAGGCGCGAGUGCUGACCUGCGUGGAAGGUAUGAAUCUCGCGCUGUUAGAACAAGCCAUCGGAGAGCAGAGGGCGUACCAGCGGGAGAGGGACAGCCGCCCGUAGCAACUGGACGCUUCUGGGGAUGCUGCUCCGCCCUGUGCCUGGGAACACCGGAGAGGCCACAGCUGCGGCGGAGAAGACAGAAGACACAGGCACUUACCCCGUGGUGGCCGUUCCCCGGAGCCUGACGCCACUCCCCCAGGAGAGCGCCGGAGGCCGAGCCCCGGGCACUGCGGACUGCGGGCCUCGUGGGAGUCGGGGAGGGUUCCAGAAGGUCCUCGGAAUAAAGGCCCAGCGAGA